AUUUGGGGCAAACUGUUACGUCUGGAGAUUCAGACCAAUGCAGUCGGUCCACGAAAAACGUAUUGACAGCCUGCAGGCUGACGGAAGUUGCCUGCAUCCUCAUCAGCAAACUUAAGGGCCCGAGCCUCACAGGAGAGGAGGAUUGAGGAUACUGGCCUCCAUGGUAAAGCAGAGGUACCUUCGCUGCCAUGUCCUCCAUCUCUGUGUCGACGUCCAGUGGAUGCAGCCGUAAUGCUGGUGCAGCUGCCAUGGCAACCCAGGGUUUAGAGCAAGCUGUGCUGGCUUCAGAUCGCUACGCCAGACUCAUCCUGGCCCAGAUGAACAAGAUGCGCCUCCGCUCCGACUUCUGUGACGUGGGGCUUAAAGUCGGCGGCCGUGUCUUCAAGGUGCACCGGCUAGUGCUUGCUGCCAGCAGCCCCUACUUCUCUGCCUUGUUCGCUGGUGGGAUGAGGGAGGCAGACAAAGAGGAAGUGCAGAUCCUUGGAGUGGACACUGAUGUCUUUGAAAUCUUGCUGGAGUUCAUAUACACAGGAGUGAUCGGCGUCACUGUGGAGAAUGUUCAGGAACUGAUGGUGGCAGCCGACAUGCUGCAGCUGAAUGAGGUGGUGUCCAUCUGUGGGGAGUUUCUUAAGGGUCACAUGGACCCAUCCAACUGUGUGGGCAUCUUUCAGUUCCUGGAGCAGAUCGCCUGCAUGGACAUGCUGGAGUUUACUGAGAACUACAUCCAUGUUCACUUCCUAGAGGUGUGUGUCACCGAUGAGUUCAGGGGCCUGUCAAAAGAGCAGCUGGUGAGACUUUUAAAAAGUGAGGAGCUGAGGAUCGAGGAUGAGUACCAGGUUUUUACAGCAGCCAUGGAGUGGGUUCUCCAAGACGUGGCAAAGAGGAAAAAACAUGUGGUAGAGGUGUUGGAACCAGUCCGCUUCCCCCUGCUUUCCCCACAGAGGCUGUUCAAGUACAUAGAAGGUAUUACCGACUUCAGCCUGCGGGUGGCACUGCAGACUCUGCUGAGGGAAUACACUGAAGUCACAAAGUCCCCCAAAGAAAAUAAGAUGUACAGUCAGCUACAGCCAGCCAAGAUGAGACCCAGAAGAAAAGCCAGGAAAUACCUCUAUGCCAUAGGAGGCUACACUCGGCUGCAGGGCGGCCGUUGGAGUGACAGCCGGGCGCUAAGCUGCGUGGAACGCUUUGACACCUUCAACCAGUACUGGACCACCGUGUCGUCACUGCAUCAGGCCCGCAGCGGGCUAGGAGUCGCAGUCCUGGAAGGCAUGAUCUAUGUGGUGGGAGGGGAAAAAGACUCGAUGAUUUUUGACUGCACAGAGAGAUACGACCCAGUUACGAAACAGUGGGCCGCCGUGGCGUCUCUGACUUUCCCUCGCUGCGGAGUCGGUGUCUGCCCCUGCCACGGAGCUCUGUAUGCACUCGGUGGAUGGAUUGGCUCUGAAAUCGGAAAAACCAUGGAGCGAUAUGACCCGGAGGAGAACAAGUGGGAGGUCAUUGGCAGCAUGGCUGUUCCCCGCUAUUACUUUGGCUGUUGUGAGUUCCAAGGCUUCAUUUACGUGAUCGGAGGGAUCAGCGACGAAGGGAUGGAGCUGCGCUCAGCAGAGGUGUAUGAUCCCAUCUCGCGUCGAUGGAGCGCCCUGCCAGUCAUGGCCACUCGACGGGCCUACGUGGGCGUCGCAUGUCUCAAUAACUACAUAUAUGCUGUGGGCGGCUGGAACGAGGCUCUGGGUGCUUUGGAGACAGUAGAGAAGUACUGCCCAGAGGAGGAGAAAUGGGUGGAGGUCGCUGCGAUGUCUACGGCACGCGCAGGUAGACACAAAUCUCGAUACCUCGGCGGUUACUCAUAUCAGUCCGUCUGGCACUAA